AUGCCCUCCUUGCGCUGCUGUGCAUACAACACCACCAUCCCCAACCACAACAACGACAACAGCAGCAGCAACAACAAUACGCUGUUCGCACAUGCAGCGGUGAUUGAGGAGGACGAGUGGGGCACCCUGUACAUCAACACCACCACAGCCAGCAACAGCAACAAUAAUGUCAAGCACCAACCUCGUGUGCUGGUGAAUGGGGUCGAUGUGGAGCAAAUGCAAAGUCAGCUGCGGGAACCCGCUCGCCUCGCAGACACGUUGCAGCUUGUGCUGGCUGCUGUGGCAAGCGAGAAGAAUGUCAUGGCCAGUACCUUGCUGCAGGCAGCAAACCCUGGCGUGGCUGUGUCCAUUGAUCAAGCUGGAAACAUCGACGUGGAAGGACAAGGUCUCACAUCAUUCUCGUUUGGGGUCAUGCAAGCCAUCGAUGGCGACGUGAACUUGUCCAGGAACGACCUCACUUUCAUCGACUUUGGCCUGCUCUCAAGCGUCGGCGGAGACAUGUCGUUGCACAACAACGACCUGACUCUGUUGGAUCUCAAACGCAUCACCCGCGUGGGUGGCUAUAUCCAUGCCGACAGCAACGGGCCGGUUGACAUCGACUUUGGCGCACUGACGAUGGUGGGCGGCUUCCUCAGCCUCCGAUACAACGUCCUCACGUCGGUCGACUUUGGCAACAUCGUCAGCGUGGGCGGGAAUAUGUACAUUGCCCGCAACCCCGCCCUCUCUUCUUUUCAGUUUGGCCAGAUCACCAAUGUGGACGGCGACGUUCUUCUCUUCCAAACCAGCAUCACCUCUGUGAAUUGCACUGGUGUCACCAUAUCUGGAUGCAUGUGUGUGGAUGCAGGGGUUGAGCUCACAAACUGCCCCUCAACAUGCACGGGCGAACACUGCUCGUGUUCAUAA